CCGCCUCGCCACCUCACCGGAAGAAAAAUCCCCCACAUCAUCGCCCCCUUCCAUUCCUCCCCUCCUUGUCCCCACCCUCUCUCUCUCUCUCUCCGUCCGUCUGUCCGUCCGCGCGCGCUCUGCGUUCUUUGGGAGGGGGGAAAUGGCGGCGAAGCGCGAGCUGGUGGUCAGCUUCGGGGAGAUGCUGAUAGACUUCGUGCCGACGGUGGCCGGGGUGUCGCUGGCGGAGGCGCCGGCCUUCGUCAAGGCGCCCGGGGGCGCCCCCGCCAACGUCGCCAUCGCCGUCGCGCGCCUCGGCGGCGGCGCCGCCUUCGUCGGCAAGCUCGGCGACGACGAGUUCGGCCGCAUGCUCGCCAACAUCCUCCGCGACAACGGCGUCGACGCCGGCGGCGUCGUCUUCGACUCGGGCGCGCGCACCGCGCUCGCCUUCGUCACGCUGCGCGCCGACGGGGAGCGCGAGUUCAUGUUCUACCGCAACCCCAGCGCCGACAUGCUCCUCACCGCCGACGAGCUCAAGGUCGACGUCAUCAAGAGGGCUGCAGUCUUCCACUAUGGAUCAAUAAGCUUGAUUGCCGAGCCUUGCCGGACAGCGCAUCUGCACGCCAUGAAGGUUGCCAAAGAGGCCGGCGCGCUUCUCUCGUAUGACCCGAACCUGAGGGAGGCGUUGUGGCCAUCCCUUGACGAGGCUCGCACCAAGAUCUUGAGCAUCUGGGACCAGGCAGACAUUGUCAAGGUCAGCGAGGUCGAGCUUGAGUUUUUGACUGGCAUCAACUCGGUGGAGGACGAUGUUGCCAUGAAGCUGUGGCGCCCUACCUUCAAGCUCAUGCUUGUCACUCUUGGAGAUCAAGGAUGCAAGUACUAUACCAAGGAUUUCCGUGGAACUGUCCCAUCCUACAAGGUACAGCAAGUUGAUACGACAGGUGCUGGUGAUGCAUUUAUUGGUUCUCUGCUCCGAAAAAUUGUCCAAGAUCCAUCGGCAUUGCAAGACAAGACAAAGCUUGAGGGGGCGAUCAAAUUUGCCAAUGCAUGUGGAGCAAUCACGGCCACGAAGAAAGGGGCAAUCCCUUCGUUGCCCAAGGAAGACGAGGUGUUGCGGCUGAUGGAGAAGGCGUAGAUGCGGCUUAUGAUUUCCAGUAGCUUCGAAUUCUGCAAAUUGUAUUGUAAGCUGUUCUUGAUCAGGAGCAAGGUGUACUCCUCCCAGGAUACCCCUGCCUUUUUGUUUGCUCCCCUUUAUGAAAGGGUUUUUGUUUUGGAAUUCUUCUUAUCUGAAUAAGCAGGUCCUUCAAUAUUACUGUUGUCA